AUGAAGUUGGUACGAUUUUUAAUGAGUAUGCCUAACUCAACAAACCAGCCCGUUACAGUAGAGCUUAAAAAUGGGAACUCAAUCAAUGGGCAAAUCUUAUCGUGCUCACCUCUGAUGAAUUUAUCAUUAAAGAAUAUCAAACUAGUUCAACCGCAUCAGGAUCCACAGUUGCUACAAUACAUAAAUAUAAGAGGAAAUCAGAUUCGACAAAUCAUAUUACCCGAUGACCUUAACAUAGAAAGUAUCUUAUCAAAAAGUGUCGUAAAAAUCAAGGGUAAUGGAUCCGGACCUGGAGCAAAAAGUACUACAACACCAACUCGAGGAAGGCCAAUGAAGCCUAGAGGAGGAAGAGGAGAUAGAGGAAGAGGCUUUUAA